CCCGUGACGCAAACGGGCAGUGGUGAUCGUACCGCUCUACGUCGAAAUAAUACGACGCUUUCUCCGCUGCCUUUUCCGUUUUCAACGCCAGUAGACGGUAACCUGUUGCCUUAGCGGCAAGUACCCACUUAACGACUCCAAAGGAAGAUGUGCGAAAUUUCGAGUAUGGACUACGACAUGAAGUUGAUCGAAGAAGUAAAAAGAUACCCGGAAUUAUACGACAAUUCGCACAGGAAUUUCAAGAAUAAAGAAUUAAAAGCCACAUUGUGGAAAGAUAUCGCUUAUAAGAUGAGAAAACAGACGGACGAGUACUCUGUGAAGACCGUUCGUAUGAGAUGGAAGAGCCUCCGAGACUCAUACGUCAAAGAGAUAAAGUACAAAAUGGCGUUGAGUAGCGGACAUAACGUGAAACCGCGUAAAAACUGGCGUUACAGCAAUUGCAUGACAUUUUUGGCGCCAUUCCUCGCGAUCAGUUUUCCCUUGACGAAUAAUAAACAAUUUUCCGAUGAAUCGAGUGAGGUAAUAAAAGAAGAAAACGAACAAGCGGAGCAACCUUACUUCAUAGCUGUAAAUUCGUCGCAAGAAGAAGCCGCUAACGGUCAUUUUUUAGGCGCGUUGCUAGAUUUUUCUAAACAAGAAUCUCCGUGCGUAUCGGCAAAAAGUGACGACAGCGAUAUCGAUUCUUUUUUUAAGGGCGUCGCAGACACCGUGAAAAAAUUCAGUGCCGUGAAUCAAGUUUUUAUACAAAGGAAUAUCGUCAAUAUGGUAUUGGACAUGAAAUUGAGAGAGGCGCACGAAAGGAUGAGUCACGAAAGGAACGUUAGUGAUAAUGAUUGAUAUUUUUAUUUCGGAAAACUACGAGGGUUGUACCAAUAGUAAGGUUACAGAUACAAAUAGAUAACCUUGUUUAUUGUUAAUUCAUACAUCGUUGAAAAUAUAACACUGUUGUCUAUUUUUUAAACACAGCAUCCAUUUAUUUCGACAUAUUUUUAAAGACGGUACUUCAGCUAUCGUAUUUCUGAGAAUCAUCCUGCCAAUCUGUUGAGGAAGUGAGUGAUUUCUGCUGAGGUGAUGAUCGUGGCUUUAAAAGUUCCUUUGAUUGACGAGCGAUGUGGAGUUGAGCGUUUUCUGAGUUUAUUGUCGUCCCAGGCUGUAUGAAAUCGAUGAGGAGUACCCCCUUCUGAUCCCUAAACAUAAUCGAAACAACCUCUCCUACCGACUGCGAUUGUUGGAAUUUCUUUGGUGCUGGUGAACCACGUUUCAUUUCCUUCUCCUUGUUACCCACCUCCUUUUGUUGAAGAAUCUUGCGAGAAAAGUUAAGACGUUGUUCUCAGUGUCCGUUAUUCAGUUUUUUCUUGAAGUUCUUUUAAUUGUGCCAUGAGAAGCUUAAAGAGUGCGUUCAACAAGUUCGAGGACAGUGACUCUCCGUUCUUUAAACAGCUCGCCACAACGGCGGUUUUCUACUCUUCAUCUUCAUCUUGAACUUCGAUGCGACCAUUAGCAAAAGCCCUAUACCAUUGGCGGACGUGCUCUCUUCACAAUAAGUCUUCAGUCAGUUGCCGAUGAAUCCUCACAAGCAGUGAUUUCUUUGUGUGGUUACUGCUAAGCGAAUACUGAGUGCCGUAGCGAAUCUCGGACAUGCGAGAGUGGAGGAACUACUGCAUACGCUACAAUUGUCCGAUUUAAACAUGGCGCAGACCGGAUGCGUAGACCUACGUAAUGUCUCUACCAAGAGACUAACAGACUGCUUGACUACACCGUAACUUACGUAGACCACAACGGCAACGUUACGUUGACGACGUUCUAUUUAAUGGAGCGUAAUAUUGAACGUCAUACCGAACAAGUUUGAACACGCACGUACUAUCCUAGCGACGUUGUUAUUCUGUUAUUCGUGAAUCUGUUUGUAUCUUAGGAGGUGUGUAGGGCAACCGUCUCAGCGUGUCGCUGAGUAUUUUUCUUGUCGUAGCGGAAUUCUAAGAUUAUUGGAAAAAUGUUAUCUUUUCGUGCGGGAGAUGAUGUAAAAAUGUAAAAUACUCUCAUUUUGUAACAGAAUAUACCCUAAAUCUGUGUUUUCUGGUAUCCCCCUAUAAAGUUCUGCCGUUUUCUUUAUCUUCUUCUUCCAAACACAGUGCGAUCAUUACUGAAUGUUUUUUCGUGCAAGACCGUCACGAUUUUUUGAAUCAAGACUGGUUAGUACGUUUCUUUGGUGUUGCACCUCUUUUCGAACUUUACUAUUGGUACAAACCUCGUACUUAGAUGCUAUAAAUACUGUUUUUUCUUUCAUUGCAAAUUCGAACGCAGAAGUGUCCGAAAUGGCUGAAUCUUUAACACAUAUUAACGAAAUUUUUAGACAACCCUCGCAUAUGAUUGUAUUAAGUAUUUCUGAAAUCUAAAAUCUUUAGGAAUACUGAUAUCUCCACCGAAGAACGUGAUGUCCAUCGAUUAUGUCAAUAUUGACAUAAUGACCGAAAAAUUAUUAGAAGUCUAUUUUUUUGAAUAGUUGAUAUCUCUUUUCGGGUGUAUUCCAAUCCAGAUUCAGACUCUCCAAAAGGGAACGCGAGUAUCCCAAAGUGGACGAUGCAUUUGCCUUCACUCGCCUCGCUUCCUUGUCGGUUUACGGGCGCGUUAAUCGAAAUUAUUAGGAGCCUCCGGGAGGCGUUUCUCGGUCAUAACAUAUUUUGUGAUUUAAAAAAAUGUUUCGGCACAUAACUGUGAUACCGGUUUAUGUUUUUGAUCUGAUACGUUUGCUGGCGAAAAUAAAAUUGAGUUUUAUAAAUUGAUCAAUGUUUAGUUGAAAAAGGUCGUCGAUAAGUUACGUUACAUUAAUUUGAUGAUUUUUUUAUUCAUUUCUUCCUGAUGCUACCCCUCCUAUAGCGUCUUAUCAAAAAAUUUGGAAAUUUAUGUUUAAAAGUAAUUAAAAACUCUUUCUUGAGGCAUGACGUAAUUUAUUGAUGGUUUCCAGGGGGUAUAAAUAAAUUUUUAAAAGAAUAUAUUUUCUUUUCCUUUUUUACAGUUCAAAAAAUACUUUUUAUAAAGAAAACACGAAAUUUUACUAAUGAAAUUUUGUUUUAUUUUUGCCAACCAGUCCAAUUAGAAUUUACGUAUUUAAAAAAAAACGAAUAAAGUCCUAUUUGUUGUACUUAAAACCCUAUUAAUUAUAAUUGUUGCUUGUACAUAAAUAUAUUUUUCAAUUUUUUAGUAUAUUUAGUUAAGAAUUCUCAUUUUUUUUGUAAUUACUUUCAGUUAAUCGUUAUAAUAAAAUUUAUAUAAAUUAA